AUGGACAAUUGCCACAACUAUGCCACCACAUCGAAAAAGAAACGAAUCCCCAUCUCGGACGACAUACACAUCAUUAUCAAAAAGUUCCGUGACAAGGACAAGCACGACGAGAAACCUUCUACAUCGGGUGACCAUGACUACGACGAUGAGCAUAGCAUGGAUUCGGAGGAACUGCGGCGCGUACGGCACCAGGAACCGUCCUCCUCCUCUACACUGGUAGGCAUUGCAUCGAACAGCAACAGUAACAGUACAACGUGUCCCAGCGGCACAUCGCUACAGGCAGUCGGCUUGGGAAGCAACCAUGCGGUGCAGGUGCAGCUGCCAUCACAGCAACACAUCAUUUCACUAGGCCAGACCCAUACCGGGCUGGUGGCGAGUGCAAACCUAGCAUGCCAAAGCAGCAGCAACCAGUCCGAGGACAUCAAACUCAUACUGCGAAAGUUGUCCAAUAUCGAGGAACUGUUGAAGGUGGUGGCCGAUCAGAGUCUAAGCCGUCUAACGACGAUAAAGCAGGAGACGGGUGCGACACUGACGGCCGCUCCCGGGGCUCAGCUGACGGCAGUUGAUACGAACCAAAUAAUUCAGCAACAUCAUCAGCAACAGCAGCAGCAGCAGCAGCAGCAACAGCAACAGCAACAGCAACAACAACAGCAGCAGCAAACGGUUACACAGAACGCGGAGAUUGAAUCGUGCUUCAAGUUCCCGAUUCGCUCGCUGAAGGAGCUUAUCGAGCUGAACAAAAGCAUCUGUGGCGACGAGUCUCUGUACAACAAGCUAUUCGAGCAUCUCACCAAAAUAAGACUGGACUGUGACCAAAACAUUGUAAUUAAUGCGCUAACGUCGAUAGUCAGUGACGAGGUGCUGGAUGCGGUUACGUGGGACACUGGGAAAAAGUUUAAACUAUCCUCGGUUGUGCUGUUUAGCGAUUCGCUGUACGUCGCUUGGUUUAAGGACAAAAUGAAGUACGAUGAGUAUGUGACCGAGAUGAAGGAUGCCAUCGAACGAUCGCACAAGCGACACGCUAAGGUAAAAACGAAACGAAACCAACAAAGCGGCCAAUCGCAACUGCAGCAGCCCCAAUCCCUGCAACCGAUCAUGCACUCUCCGUUGGGGACAAGCAACAGUGCCAGCACGAACGCCCCGUCAGGGACCAUCAGCACGCUCAGCUGCGACAAUAGUGCGUUAGUGCUCGAAUAG